AUGGGGCUCUAUCUACUGGAUACGAUACAGAUAGGUCUGGAGAAGAAACUGGUCACAAGGAAAGAUCCUGACGAGGACCAAACAGACGUAGAUCUCAUCAUCGCUGAAAAUGAAGAAGCGGAUGAUCAUCUUCUAGAAGGAGACAUCCUGAUCGACUCCCAAAGCCAGUCUAAAUCGGCCACCAGGAACGAGAGGAAAAAAUGGCCGAAGAACGAGGACGGCAUUGUCGUCAUCCCCUACGUCAUAGCCAGCCGGGAAGAAUACUUGGAGAGGCAUCUGAACCAGAUCGAGGCCGUGAUGAGGGAGUUUGCGGCUCGGACCUGCCUACACUUCGUGCCGAGGACGGACCAGCACUCCUACCUGCGGAUCAGGAAGGCGAGAACCUGUUCUACCACCGUCGGCCGCAAGGGGGGCCCACAGACCGUGAACCUGAACGGCGCGUGUGCAAAGAGGAAGGGUUCGAUCCAGCACGAGCUGAUGCACACCAUCGGCUUCCUGCACGAGCAGUCUCGGGCCGACAGGGACAAGCACAUCAAGGUGCUCUGGGACAACAUCAAGACAGGACGCAAGGCUAACUUCAAGGCCGCCGGGGUUAAAGGUUACACGCUGCUGGGCCUGCCCUACGACACCCGGUCCGUCAUGCACUACGGUCCGAAGGCCUUCUCCCUGAACCGGAAGCUACCGACGAUGGUGCCCCGGGACCCCGCCACGAGGAUCGGGGGCAGCAGGGGCUGGACCAACCUGGACGUGCUGAAGGUGAACACGCUGUACCGGUGUGACGCCACAGUGACAGGUAAGCUGAUCCCGAAGUGGCAUCCCCACGGCGCCGGAGACCCCGGAACAGAACAGACGACACAUCGCGACAAACAGACGACAUCCAAGGAGGACGGCUGGUCUACCAAUGGAAACGGUUCUGUCACCAUGGCGACAUCUAUUGCCACAGCAGUGUCCGUCACCAAGGCAACGUCUGUUACCAUGCCAACAUCUGUCGCCAAGGUGACGUCUGUUACCAUGCCAACAUCUGUCGCCAAGGUGACGUCUGUCACCAUACCAACGUCUGUCCCCAUGCCAACGUUUCUCAUGGGGAUGACAACUGAUGAGGUCACAACAAUUACAAGGAAAGGCAAUGCCAGAGUUGUGUGUACAUUUGACGAAGACCUGUGCAGCUUCAAACAAGGUUCCAGGGAUGACUUUGACUGGAGCUGGAGUGAGAAGGGCAGAGGUACCCCGUCCAGACGGACAGGACCCAGAUCCGACCAUACCACUGGACAUGGCCGCUUUCUCUUCAUCGAAGCCACACACAAGGCACCUGGAAAGAAGGCCCGCGGAUUUUCACCUGUCUACAACACCACCGGGCAGCACUGUCUAACGUUCUACUACCACAUGCGGGGAAAGGGCAUCGGUUCUCUCAACGUCCAUCUACGCACCGUUGGCAUGGUAACCAACAACGUCAGGACACUUUGGUCGCUAUCUGGGCACCAAGGCAACAGGUGGUUGAGAGCGGAAGUGUCGUUUAAUACGACAGCGAAUUUCCAAGUAAGAUUUUUCAUAGAUUAUUCUUUAUUUCUAUAG